AUGUUAAAGCUCAAUCACUACUUGGAGGAACACCGUCGAUUAGGUGUUGAGGCGGACAAUCUUUGCCGCUGGUUUGGACGGGAGCUCCUUGCCCUUGAAACAGCUGUGUCGUCACCUUCCAACCAAACUAUCCAGACACUUCUCAAGAGCCGUCAUGAUCACCUGAUCUCACUCAAGUCUCGUUGGAGCAAUACACUUGCUUCCAGCCCUAGGUUCAACACACAUGUUCAGGCUGCCUUGAAAAUCCGACACCAGGACCCUACCAAUGCCAGCGUGACCUCACCUUCACCUGAUCCAUUAAUGAUGACCUGGCUACAACCCCUGACGCAAGAUGUCGGUGAACUCACAUUUGCUGAUCCGGUGUAUCAUACCACUGAUCUUAUAAACCUGGACGACAUGCAGACGGAUACAGGGGAAAUCCUAUUUGGCAACAUGAUCGAUGUGGAAGUUGAUGAAGAUGAUGAAGAUGAGGCACCACCCCCUCAAGAUAAUGAACCGUUGACAGUUCAAGACAUACCCGCACAUGCUAUAGAGCGACUGGUGGCUACCACUUUUAUCUAUAACCUAGACUUAAGCCUAGAGAGUCAUUUCUAUAACUUAGACUUAAGCCUAGAGGCCAUAUCUAUAAUGCUUAGGAUUUUUUGA